AUGGCACAAGACCCCCUCUACUUGGAUAUCAACAGCUUGGCCAGUCUUGCAGAUCUCUUUCGGGUGGUUGAAGAGCCUGAAUGUUCCAAAGUUCGAUUUGCCGAAAAUGUGAAUCUCCGUAAAUAUAUCGAAAAAUCUUAUAGGGGGAAUAUAUUACCCUAUAAUAAUUGGACACAACGCAUGUUACGUUUGGAAGAAAUUAAACUCCGGCUUCCUUCACUUACGAACGCGGGUGAUGUCGAUGACCUCGUUCAAAGGUUGAACAGCGCGAACACCUUUGAUGAAGAGCAGAGUUAUUCGGCUGGGAUCAUCAUUCAAUUGGUGACACGUUUGUUGACAUUUUCUCUGCAGUUUCGGAGAUCUCUCUCCGCUGUGCCCAAAGAUCGUCUAACUUCGGCUCUAUCUGCCGUAUCGGAUUACCACAGUGCCGUGUUAGACCUCUCGAAUCCUUUCACAACUUUACCGUGGAAAGUACUUGAAAAUGAUUUCUUAGAGAAAGCUCAAAAUAUGUUACAAUUGCCUUUCAAUCCUGUCAUUUCCGGUGCAUCUCCUUUUGUAGUCACAGGCGGCGCCAUACAACCUUUGGACACUACCGUUAGCUUUGUUGAAAACCUUUAUCGUCAAGCAGCCGGCCAAUUCAAAUCCUUUGACAAAUCAGUUCAUUCAGAUGCUACCUUCACGCAAUUUGGGUUUAAAGAAUAUGUACGACAUAAAAUCCCAAUGAAACGGGUUAUCAACGGGGCUUACAUAUGCUACGCAGAUCCUUUGAACAAAACGUAUUAUUACACCACCCUCACAUUCGACCCGUUCCGAUUCAAGAUGUUAAAGAACUUAAUCAUUUAUGAGAUCGUUUCCGGAAAAGCCGCAUACAUUCACAGUGCCUUGCACCUCUUCAUGAGUAUGUGCACGUGUGAAGAGGAUUUCCGAUUGAUGAUCGAAUACGGUAUCAUUCAGUGGGGAUUUCCAAUGGAAGGGUAUACAAGUUUUUGUGAAAAGAUGAAAGAACUGCUGGAUGUUAUGUAUUGUUGGAAAUUUACAAAUACGUGGACUUGGCACACGGAAUUGGUCAAGAUUGCUUUAUUUAAGGAUUCAAAGGGUGACACAUCCGGAUGGAAUGAUUUUGCAACCACCUGCUACACCGGAGGUUUGCUCAAAGCGGAAGUGACCGUUGCUUUAUUCAAGAGCCUUUGUUAA